GAAAAGCUGAAUGAUAGCUCAUAACUUUUUAGCUUUUUUAAUGCGUUGUAAUAGCUAGCAUUCUCCCCUGUUCUCAAUGAAAAUAUAUACUUUCGCGCUGAGUGUUAUUAGUUUCGGUCCCGUCGCGUCACUAAUACAAGUGUUAGUGAAACUGAAGUCUGUGGACAUUUCAUUUAAAGGUAACGUAAUGUUAGCUAGCUAAUUGCUCAUCUCUGCGCUAUUCACUGAAGCCGAAGUCAAGAACCGCGGAGAACACACCAUACACCUGUCCACUGCAGAUGAUCUAAACUGAAGCAUGAUGAAGCACACACAUAGCUGGUGCCAACCUUCCCCCUCAAGAAAUGCUGGAGUCAAGCCCAAUGGUUCAAACUCGCUCCCAAACAGAAGAGGUCUGCGGCUCAAAAGAGCCAAUGGCCGAGAUGCCCGGGGCCCACCUGGGAAGAGCCAGUCGUGCCAGCAUCGAGAUGAGACAUGUUUGGCUAAAAUGACCUUACCCCCAACAAUCGUGAUCCAGCGGCAGGAAAUGGCAUCGUUCUUCAGGCUUUUGGAUGAUGAGCUGAUCCAUGACUUCCUGUGGAUGGACCGUUGCUGUAAAAUGACAGAUAAGUACCUUUUAGCCAUGACCUUCGUGUACUUCAAAAGGGCUCGCUUCACUCUCGCUGAAUACACCAGGAAGAACUUUUUCAUUGCACUGUAUCUUGCCAACACCAUGGAGGAGGAUGAUGAAGAGAGCAAGUACGAGAUAUUUCCAUGGGCGCUGGGCACGAACUGGAGGAAGCAGUUUCCCCGCUUCCUCAAGCAGCGAGACAAGCUGUGGGCACGAGUCGAGUACAGAGCUGGUGUCAGCAGGCGCUGCUGCGAGGAGGUGAUGGCCAUUGUGUCCUCUCACGUUAUAUGGCAGCGUGAGAGGUCAGAGCACCACAGCGGCGCUCAGCGGCAGUACGGGGACCGAGAUUGCACUCGUAUUCCCCGCGGGCCCUCGGCCUCUCCGGUCUCCUGCUCCCUGUGUAACCGCAGCUCCGGGAUAGAUAAUGGCCCGGGCUCUUCUUAUCUCUCCAGACGCUCUUCUGCACAGAGUCCAAACCCGCCCUUUCCACACCCUUUCACCUCCACACUGAGGUUGGAGUUCACCCCGCCGAGGGCUGCAGCCCCUCACAGGAAGGCGAUGGAGACUAAGAGCCAGGCGCAGAAUUCCCGCUGCUGCUGUGCCGAGGAGGUUCCCAGGGAUGAGUCUCCCUGCGGGUCCACAUAUGACCCCUCCAUGGACUGGAUCUGCGAGGAGUAGAGCGUCGCACUACCUCAGCAGCACUGACCUAACUGUUCUGUGUGUCGCUGUCUCACCUCUUUAACACCACUUUCAUGGUGAAGUAAAGGUCUAAAUCACAAGUGCAACUCACUAGUUUGUUCACUUCUUUCUAUGUGAACGUGGUACUGAUUCAACAUAACCGUGGUAUGAACAAAGUUUACCAUCAAAGUAUGAGCUAUUGUCAUUUCAUGCAUUAUACUGUGACAGAAACAUGCAGUAAGAUUGAUGUGAAACACCAAAAAGCCUUUGUAAAGAUGUGUUUAACCUGCACUGAGUUCUUGCUAUUUAUUUAUAUAUUUAUUUAUUAUAUUUAUGUACUGAAGCACUUCCGGGUUCUUUCCACACUUAUUCACAAAUGACACUGUCAAGAAUUUAGUUUAUUUUGAAUCAAAGUUGAGCCUCUGAUACAUGUCCUUAAAAAAACUGGGAUUCUACUGGGUGUGUUUUUAGUGUUGUUGCCAAUGUGCCUGUUUAAUGACCCAACACCGCCUCUAGAGUUUUCAAUAAAGG